AUGAUCGCCUUCGCAAAAAGCCUGCUCUUGUCCUCUCGCGAUGCGAAGGCGAAUGAAUCCACACAAGCAAAGAAACCCCCACCGUCGUAUCAGCACGUGCUGACGUUGCCGCAGCAGCCACAGACACCGGGAAAGAGGAAGAUUGGUGGCACUACGAAUGAAAUCGAAGACAGGCCUAUAAAAAAGGAGCCUGGCUCACAUACCUCCACAAAGCGUCGCAAGAUAAAUGACAUCACGCCUCGAAGAACAAGGCCCUCCAAGCAGCUCAACAAUGCACCCACACAACGACUCGAUAUUACAGUAUUCGGGAGCGGGGAGAAUGGCGAACUGGGUCUGGGGAAUAAAAGCCACAACAACAAGAGUCCUACGAAGGCAAACAGGCCCCGUCUCAACCAUUUGCUAAACGCAGCGGACAUAGGCAUUGUCCAAGUAGCAGUCGGAAGCGUGCAUUGCGCUGCGCUCACACACGACGGCCGAGUCUUGACUUGGGGUGUCAACGACUCCAGGGCCCUCGGUAGAAAUACAAAAUGUGAACCACUGGCGCAACCGGACGGAGGUGUUACGAAUUUGAACCCCCUCGAAAGCACACCCGCGCCUGCGGAAGGGCUGGAAAAUCUGGGUUCAGAUAUUACACAAGUUGCUGCCACUGAUAAUGCGACCUUUGUCCUCACCAGAUCUGGACUUGUAUAUGGCUGGGGCACUUUCUUUGGCAGCGACGGUGUAUACGGUUUUUUGCGAGAGAAGAUGCGCCCAAAGAAGAAAUCCAAGUACAAAGAACGCUUCCAGGUCACGCCCAUCCAAAUAGGUGGCCUCAAAGAUAUCAAGAAGCUUUCCGCGGGCGGAAACCACGUGCUCGCUCUCACGGAAUCAGGAGACGUGUACGCCUGGGGGUCAGGACAACAAGCCGAACUUGGCCGCCGCCUCGUCCAACGGCACCAAUUCGAAUCCUUGAUCCCGCGAAUGGUCGAUCUACCGAGGAAGGGAAUCGUCGAGGCCUUUGCCGGAUUCAACCAUAGCUUCGCGAUAGACAAGGACGGCCAAGUCUGGACCUGGGGGCUGAACAAUUUCGGACAGACAGGCCUUGCCGCCAACGAGGAGAAUCUUCAUGUUGGCACCCCGACAGUCAUUCAGGGGCUGAGAGGGUACAAGAUUCGCCAUAUGGCGGGUGGCUUUCAGCAUAGCCUGGCGUGCACCGAGGACGGAGAGGUUCUUGCUUGGGGGAGAUGUGACAACAGUCAAGUUGGCAUCGACGUGUCUGCCUUGCCUAGGGAACAUGUCCUGUGCGACAGCCGAGGACGGCCGAGGAUUUUGCUGCAACCCACCAUCAUCCCUGGAAUCACGGCUACUCUCGUCGCAGCCGGCAUCGACAACUCCUUCGCCAUCACCCCAGAAGGCAAAGUCCUGACCUGGGGAUAUUCUGAAAACUGUCGAGCAGGCCAAGGGGCCGACACAACGAUUGAGACGCCUACAGAACUUACGGGAAAGGCUGUUUCCGGAAUCACGGCUACUCUCGUCGCAGCCGGCAUCGACAACUCCUUCGCCAUCACCCCAGAAGGCAAAGUCCUGACCUGGGGAUAUUCUGAAAACUGUCGAGCAGGCCAAGGGGCCGACACAACGAUUGAGACGCCUACAGAACUUACGGGAAAGGCUGUUUCCGGUAAAUCGUUCACAUUUGCUGCCUGCAGAGGGCAAUUCUCACUCAUUGCGAGUCCACGAAAGUCUUCACCCUGA